GUGAGGGGACGUGGCAGGCUACCAGCCGGUGCCAGGGAUUACAUGCACGGGAUGCCAGGCAGUGCGGUGCCCGGAGCCAGGGCUGCCAUCUCCGGUGUAGUAAUGACACAGACGUGUUAUUAUGGAGGGAGUGGCAGAGCAGGGGUUAACCCUUGUUGGUGAUGCAUCACUGACCCGUUAUAGCACUUGGUGGGUUAAGGUAGAAGGUGGGGGGAUCCUCCUGAAAGCCCUCCCUCCCCAGCUGCUCUCAGUCAGACAAGGGGGUGUGCUAGGCUCCGGAUCCGGGAUCUGCCUGCAGCUCCGGGACAGUCACACAUGCAGGAGCCCGGGGGCCACAAUGUGGCCCCUGUGCUAUGAGUCAUGGCACCCAGAUUGAGCCCCCGCCGGGCACGGAGAUACCUCUUCCUCUGCACCCUCUGUUUAUCCUGCACCCUCCUCUGCUACAACCUGAUCCUCCGCGGCCACUCCACCAUGCACAGCCGGGGGUACCAGCAGCUCAGCUGCCCCCCGCACCCCCCAGCAGUGGGGGGCAAGAAACUACUGCAGAAGCUGCUUCUCUGCCCACACUCCGGGGCCACCGUUCCCAUCACCGCUACCGACCUCCCGUACACCGACUGUAGUGGCAGGAACCUCACUGAGCCCACCAGAAUAACGUGGACCCCUCCAAAGCCCACUGAGCAGAAGGCGCACCCCUCUGUGAACAGCACCGCCGGCCCCAGAUAUGGGCACAAAAGGCUGCCCCAAGCCAUCAUUGUGGGGGUCAAAAAGGGGGGCACAAGGGCAGUACUGGAAUUUAUUAGGGUGCACCCUGAGGUGCGAGCUAUGGGCACCGAACCCCACUUCUUUGACAGGAACUAUGAGAGGGGUCUGGACUGGUACAGAAACUUAAUGCCACGAUCCUUGGACCGACAGAUCACCGUGGAGAAGACCCCCAGCUACUUUGUGACACGGGAGGCUCCACGUAGGAUUUCAUACAUGUCACCCCGAGUGAAGUUGAUCGUGGUGGUGCGCAACCCUGUGACCCGCGCAAUUUCGGACUAUACGCAGACCCUAUCCAAGAAACCGGACAUCCCCAGCUUCAGUGAAUUAGCCUUCUGCAACAGGACCAGCGGGGAGGUGGACACUUCCUGGAAUGCCAUCCGGAUUGGGCUCUAUGCUUUACAUCUGCAGCCCUGGCUUAGUCACUUCCCAAUUUCCCAAAUGCACUUUGUAAGUGGAGAGCGGCUGAUCACUGACCCCGCCGGGGAGAUGGCGCGUGUGCAGGACUUCCUUGGCCUUAAGCGUCUGGUUACAGACAAACAUUUCUACUUUAACAAGACUAAGGGAUUCCCCUGUCUCAAGAAGCCUGGGGGUGGUGGAGCACCGCGCUGUUUGGGUAAAUCUAAGGGUCGGAAUCACGUGCAGAUUAACACAGAGGACAUAGAACAGUUAAGGGAGUUCUACAGGCCCCAUAACAUUAGGUUCUAUGAGACUGUGGGGCAGGACUUUCACUGGGAGUAGAGUGUGGAGCAGAAUGUGAGUUGAGAAGCACAAAUUAUACUGACAAGAUCCCUGAGAAGUGAGCAGAGAAUGGAGAACGUCAUGGGAGAAACAUAGCUUUAGACUGCAGACAAUCAGACAAGACCAAGCUGUGAAAACUAAAGUCUUUGAGGAAAACUAAGGUGUUUAGGGCUGAGAACAAUGUAAAAUUAUGCUAAGGGGGGAAUGCUAAUGUUGGAGAAUUAAACACAGGGACAGAAAUUCAGAGGUCCACACACCAAGGAAAACUCAACCCAUCAGUAGGUGGAUAUGUUCCAGAUGCUGAGACUAGGAUAUGAUGCACACUGCAUUGCUUUCCUCCAUUGCAGGUACUAGGGGGAACAUAUUAUUGAUCUGUACCUCAAGGCAUCAUAAUAUGCAGGUCCCAAAUUCCCUGCCAUAGCAACAAAGAGUAAUAAGAGCUUACAAACUCAACCAUUUCACUUUGGGAACACGCAACACCGUAUUGUCCUAUUGGGGGGGGUGAUCUCAGUUGAACUCUGCUUUUUAUAUAUAUAACAGAGUUAUAAUGAUAAAGUAAGUGGUCUUACUCCAGACUAUGGGAGCCCUGUUAUGUGUGUAUCUAAAGUCACAAUAAUAACUCUAAGGGUCCGUACAGGCAGGAAUAUUGGAUUUGGUGUAGUUACGUUUGGCCUUACUUCCGUUCCAGCUGUAGUGGCUAUGGUGCAAAUGGGACUUGAGACAGUGAUCAUUGAUUCCCUAUAAUGAAUAGAGAGUGAUGCACAUGGGUAACAGAAAUCACAGCACAUGGACACUGCCUGCUCGGUUAUACUUCCUCCCAUGUUCCCUCAUGCACUUUAAGUACAAUUUUUGUAUCUACCAUAGUUUGUCUACCUUUUUAGAUUGCUAGCUCUCUCUAGCAAGGCCCUCUUGUUUUACCGUGUAAGCCGGUUUCUACAUGCAAGUUUGUAUGCCCUAAGGAUGGACUGUCAGUCCUUAACAUCAACAUCCACUCUUCCAGUCUCCAUUUGCCCUCCUUUCAUGUCAGUUCAAGAUAUUAGGGGGCAGAUGUAUUAACCUAGAUAAGGCAUAA